GCGGCUCAGGCUCGGGCUCGGGCUGGGGCUGGGGCUGGGGCUCCAGCUCGGGCCCUGCUGCACCUGUGACUCGGCGACGCUGCUCCUCCGCCGCUGCCCCGCGCGCGCGCGCUGCCCCAUGGCCCCGUCCCGGCUGCAGCUCGGCCUCCGCGCCGCCUACUCCGGCUUCAGCUCGGUGGCCGGCUUCUCCAUCUUCUUCGUCUGGACGGUGGUCUACCGACAGCCGGGGACUGCGGCAAUGGGGGGUCUGGCAGGUGUCCUGGCAUUGUGGGUCCUGGUGACUCAUGUGAUGUACAUGCAGGACUACUGGAGGACCUGGCUCAAAGGGCUGCGGGGCUUCUUCCUCGUGGGUAUUCUCUUCUCAGCCGUCUCCGUCUCUGCCUUCUGCACCUUCCUGGCACUGGCCAUCACCCAGCACCAGAGUCUCAAAGACCCAACCAGCUACUACCUCUCCUGCGUCUGGAGCUUCAUCUCCUUCAAGUGGGCCUUCCUCCUCAGCCUCUACGCCCACCGCUACCGGGCUGACUUCGCUGACAUCAGCAUCCUCAGUGAUUUCUGACCCAGGGAAUGAGGUCACCCCAGCCUGGGGUCCCUCAGGACUGGUACUCAGCUUCUGAGUCAUCAAGUGAGCCUGGGGGACUCCAGAACCAUGGCAGAGCAUAUCCAGCAGGGCCAGUUCAGUUUCCCAGAAAGCUGUCUGGUCCCCUUUUUGGGGAGACAGAACUGUUGAAGGGGCACUGCCAAUCUGCCCAUUAGCCAGGCUAAUGGGCAGCUUAGACCUUUCCAAAUGGAUCUAUUUUCUUAGCACUCUGAGAAAUCUUUGUAAGUAGGGACACAAUAAUGAACUCAAGGUGUCAAGGGGUAGGACUGUGAGGUCUGAACGUCUGGUGAGUGGCAGGGUUGGAGAUAGGCUUCCUUGCUGCCUAGACUUCAUUGAAGCCGCGUGUGUGGGAGGCAUCUGGAAAGGUUUGACCAAGUAAGGAAUCUCCAGUAGAGAUCUCCAAAUCCCACCCCAGCACCUCCAUCCUGUUGUCCUCAAGGGUCAGGUAGCUGAAUCCAUCAGUCCCUAGGGAAGUGACAGUUGGCUCUGUCCCCAAGCUGCAAGACUGAACAGAACCCAGUGUCUCUCCCCCUACCCUUCCCUCCAGAGUUUUGUUUCCCACGAGGGUGCUAGAGCCAGCCAACCAUUCCUGUGUCACACACAUGCACAGGUGACCACACGUUACCAGAGCUGGACUCCGCCGAUGAGGCUGGACCUGAGGACCACAGGAAACACACCCAUGCACCUAGAAGGGCUUUGGGAUAAGAGGGCAAGCUGGUGGGGGCCAGAGAGAGCACUACACCUCUACUCCUGAGUCUCCAGCCUUGCACGCUCACCUGACCCUCACUGCACCAGACCACCCCGACCACGAGGACCUCUCCCUGCACCGAACCCCAACAUUGACGCUCAUCUCUCUCCUGAAUGGACAUGGGCCCAAGGCCUUACCUAAGUAGAGAGGGAGGGCAGGGGCUGCCACAUUUAUCCUUUCUUGUUAGGUUGCCAUUUUGCACGUCCAUUUUUCCACCAGGGUCCUGCCCCUCGCUCUCUGCCUUACACUGUCACUUUAGCAGAAAUACAGCGGCCAUUUUUAUCA